AUGGCAACCAGCGGCUGUUUGAGCAACAGUCGCCCCCCCCCCCUCUGGCUCCACGCCGGGGGCCUGAUGUGCAGGAGUGACGGUUUGGUCCUCUGCAGAGCCAGAGAACCUGGACUAGAUGAGCGAGUAGGUCUCCAUGUUGGACCUGAAGAACUGUUUGCCAUUCGCUUUACUGCUUGCCACUGUAACCAAGGCAACAAGUUUUCUAAACAUUGCUCAAGCAGCUCGUCCAGUCAGGAUGCUGAUUGGUGGUGUGCGUCAGUAGGUGCAGGUGAGUUGGACCCGCCCCCCCAGCCCCUCCUGUCCGCCUGGCAGUGCAGCCUGUCAGUCAGCAGCAGAGCAGCUGAGAGGCCAGAGCAGCAGCAGAAUCCAGAUUUCCAGAGAAGCCAAGAGGAAUUCCCCGAUUCAGUGGACAAACUACGGCAGCUGAUAGAGGACAAAGUUACCAUCCUAAGGUCAGCGACUGCUGAGAACCAGAAGGGCCCGGCGUGGGAGGAGAACCAGGCCAGAGAGGAGUUGCGGCGCUUCGCCGCUCUGAGUCAGCAGCUGAACUUUCACCUCCAGGAGCUGCAGAGACGGACGGAGCAGGAGCUCAGAACCACACAGCAACAACUGUCUGAGAUCAAAGGCCGCCUGCAGCAGCUGACUGCUGAGCUGUCUGAGCUCCAGCACAGGAAGAAACGCUCAGGAGAAGAGCUGACCAUCAGUUCCUGCCCUCAGAGCGCCGCCUUUCUUGAGGACGUCGUAACCGAGCGUCUGAUCCAGUCCGACCAGCUGGUGUUCCAGCAGCAGGCACUGAGCGCGCUCCGUAACCUGCUGACCAAGGACCUGCUCAGGUACCAGGAAGAGGCUCACAAACUCGCCUGCUUCACAGAGAAGCUCAUCGGAGCAUCGUCCAGGUCAGACGCAGAGGAGACCUUCAGCUGUGAAGAAGGUGCAGAAAGCAUGCAAGGAAAGAACGAGGCGGAGCCAGAGAAGAACAUGCAUCGCCCGUCAUCCCCAGUACGUUCCCAGUCUAAUCCCAGUAAAGAUGCAGCAAAGGAGAGGUCUGCAGCCGUCGGCCUCUCUCGCGGCUCCAACCUACGGCGGGCCGACAGCGUCCAAAGCCUGAUCAGCAGGUUCUCCGGUCCGACGCCGUACUCGCUGUCCUCCUCCACUCUGAGCCUUUACUCUGGACCCAGACGGGUCAUAAGGUCAGUUUCCAUGGAAGCGCUGCACACUCCCAAGCCUAAGCUGAGUCUCUUCACGCCGAGCUCCAGCCGGCGUGUCGUGAGCGACAGCGCGCCGCCAUCCAGGGAAGACGAGCAGAAGGCCGUUAAACCCUCCAAGAUAACGGCGAGGAUCGACUGUCCAGUAGAGGGCAGCGCCCAGAAGACGGCGAACAAAGCAGCGACUCUGGCAGAGUCUGGCAGAGAUUCGAUGGCCGACUCUGGCAUGGGAUCGGAGUCAGAAUUCGAUUCAAACAAGCAGCCCGACAGCCCGUCAGAGGAGGAGCCCUCCACCCCCAGAGCCACCGUCCCCCCCAACCCAAAGUAUGAGCUGCUGAUGAACCACGAGCUGAAAACCAACGGCCUGAGCAGCAGGGAGGCCAACGGUCCAGGAGGCGGCGGCUCGGCCGGGGAGAGCAGCCCCAGGCUGUCCAGAUGGGAGGCCGGCCGGCUGGGGACCAACAGCUUCCGGGGGUCCCUGGAGUCCCUGGCCUCGCGGGACUGGGACGCAGGUUCAGACAGGGUGGGCGCCAUCGACAGCCCCCCCAGGGUGUUCAACAGUCCCUACUCCAACACCCUCUCCAUGGAUUUUCACCCCCCGUUCCGGGCGUCUGAGUUCAAGGGCGGACUCUCUCCUGCCACCUCAGAGCACAACCUCUACAGCUUCAACAGUCGCAGCACCAGUCCCAUCGGCAUCUCCGGCUCCAUGACGACCACCUCCAGGACCCGAUUCUCCACCUACGACACACUGAGGAGGAGGCCUGACAUGAACCCCGCCCUCACACAUAAAGUGGCGCCGGUUCACUACAGCAUGCGGUCCUCUACGCUGGGAGCUCCAAACAGGAAGGACUUCAUAGAAGAACUGACCAAGCAGCUGGACGCCUGUCAGAAGCGGAACAACUUCCUGGAGGCGGAGAGCGUGGAGAUGGAGAAAGAGAGGGAGCAGAUCAGGUUCGACAUGCGCGCCCUGCUGGUGAACAACGAGGACCUGCUGAGGACCAACGCCCAGCUGAACAACGAGAUGAAGAGGAUCCGGGAGCAGAUGAUGGAGAUGGAGAAGGAGAGCCAGGCCGUGAAGGAGCAGUACAUCCAGAUGGAGAUGGAGGUGAGACAAGCUCGAGAAAUGAUGGUGGAGGCCAACAAUCAGGAGUACGCCUUCAACUUCCUGCAGCAGUCCCUGAAGAACAAGAUCCAGGAUGCUGAGGAGAACAUGGAGAAGCAGAACCAGCACGCCAAGGGUCUGGCUGAGAAGCUGUGGCUGGCAGAGAGGCAGAUCGAGGAGAUGGAGGUGGACAAAGAAACCCGAGACAAGAGGACAGCUGAUCUCAACAGCACCAUCCUCAGGCUGGAGGAGGAGCUCGGCGAGGCGCUGCAGAUCUCCACCCAGAGCUCGGCAGAACUGAACCUGCAGCACAAGCUGCGUGAGGACGCCCAGAACCGAGUGGAUGAGCUGGAGGAGCUGAUUCUGGAGAAGGACCAGGAGAUCCAGAGGCUGGAGCUAACAGUCAGCAAACUGCAGGGAGAGGUCUCUGGAAAGCUGAUCGAUAAGGAGCGCAGCCUGGAGGACGAGAUCCAGCUGAGGGAGCGACUGCAGCUGCAGGUCCGGCAGGCGGAGAGGACGGUGGACGACCUGACCCUGGAGCUGCAGGCCACCAACCACACCAAGGACGACCUGACCAAGCAGCUGAAAACCGCUCAGGAGAAGCUGAUCGACCUGGAGAGCGAACUGGAGGAGCUGCAGGACAGCGAGCGGCGGUGGGCCGCCAAGCAGAAGAAGGCCAUCGAGCAGACCGAGCAGCUGCAGCUUAAGCUGAUUCAGGAGAAAGAUCUGAGCGACCAGCUGGAGAUGGAGAAGACUUUCAUGGAGAGACAGAUCAGAGACCUUCGCCUGCAGGUGGAGGACCUGGAGAGCUCCAGGGUCCAGGAGGACGUGGUCUCCCGAGCCGAGACCCGGUCCAAGGAGCUGGAGAGCGCUCUGAGAGCGGAGGAGAGGAACAAAGCAAAUCUGAGCAACACCAUCAGUAAACUGGAGAGGAAGAUCAACGAGCUGAACGACCAGAUGGAGGAGGAGCAGCGGAUCGCCACCGAGCAGAAGGAGCUGAUGAACCAGAGGAUCCGGACCCUGAAGCGGCAGCUCAACGAGGUGGAGGAGGAGGCCACCAGGAAGGAGGCGCAGUUCCGCCACCUGCAGAGGGAGCUGACCGAGGAGAGGGAGACGACCGGCCGCCUGCAGAGGCAGCUGAUGGACCAGCACCUCCAGAGCAAACGUAAGGAGAACCUGAGCAUCCGGCAGACCCUGGACAACCUGCGGCUGGAUCUGAGUGCGGACGAAGACGAGGAGGAAGAGCUGCCAGCGAACGAUCCGCCAAGCAGCGUGACUAACGUCUGAUGGUUCUCAGGAGGAUUGGAGUUUAGCAGGAGCUCUACAGCAGAGCCGACCUUCAUCCGGUGGGAAACCAUCCCGCGCGUCUGGGAAUUCGUUCAACACUUUAAACUGGAAUUCAUUCACAUGUUUGAUGAAAUUUGGUGCUCGGUUUGUAGCAAACAGGUUAUUUUUUUAUCUUCCGGUGGUUUCUGCCAUGAAACGACUCCAAACGUACAGGUUAGCCCCGUAAUCAGGACUCCAUCUAAGAAUGUCUCCCUCUGCUGGCUAAAGUUGAGAACUACACCCACCUGUGGCUCCAGCUGCUGUUUUCUUUCACCCGUUUCUGGGAGCAGGAAUUUCUGUGGCCUGAUAGAUAAAAUAAGCUUUAAACAUUCAGAUGACACGUUUAUUUUCUGUAAAGGAACAAAUGCAUCUGCAGUAUUUUGUCUAAGAUGUUUUACAGCGUCUCCGUGGGAUACCGAGGGAUUUGAUCGCGGCUAUUUUCAACUCAAUCACAAGAGAGAUUAUUUAUACAUGUAUUGUUUUUAAAGAUAAAGUCUUUGUGGGACGUCUUUGUUUUUAUUUUGCUGCUGCGUCGAUGUAACUGUCUGUCUGUCCGUCCGUCUGUAGAGGAGUUCUUCCAGAGGUGGAGAUUAUAUGAACAUUUAAUCUGGGGGGGCGGUGCCAAACAUUCAGAUUACCAGUUUACUCCCAUCUCUAUUGAGCACGUUUAAAGUGAGGAAAUCAUUUUUAAAGCACAGAGGGGAUUUUUACUGAACCGUGUUCUACUAACAGCCUUUUUUAAAACUGUGGUAAAAUGACCUGUUUGUAAAAAAAAAAAAAAAAAAGAGGAAAUUGUUGGUUUAUUGAAAUAAACCUGAAACAUUUUUACCGUGUUUACAAUGUUUUCUUGUUUUAAACGAGCACAACAUGAGGUUAGAAAUCAAAUGUCACACUUUUUGUUUUACACUUUGUCUUAAAGCUAAAACUAUUCUCUGUCAGAGUGGGUAUUUAUUUUCAGCCCUUGGUGCAAACUAACAUUAAAGUCUUCAAACCGUU